GAUGUACUGAAGGCUCGUCACACAUAUGGAUGAAAGCGACGUGUCUUCGAGCGAUGGAUUAGAUCUCGUGGUCAAUGAGAUCAACGACGUCUCCCAUAAGGAUAGUAUCACUUUUGAGAUUCUUCAUGUGGUGAAAGAGGGUCAGAGCCAACACGGCCUCAAACAUGGAGACUAUCACCGGUACAGACAGUACUGCUCGCGACGUCUUCGGCGGAUCAGACGGUCGUUGAAUUACGUGCAGAGUUCCGGUAAGACUCGGCCCACAUAUCAGCAGAAAGUGGUGACCAAUCAGUUGGUGAAUGAGGCGACGAAGAGCAAGAAGGACCCGAUCAGGUAUCUGAUGAUACCGUUGUUUUGCGCUGAGAGGAGUUGGUCGCACGCCAUGCAACUCAAACAGGAGGCCAACACAGAGCCGCGCAAGAAGUUUCAUCUGAUCCGCAAAUACAAGAAGGCGGUGAAAUACGCGCAGUCUUUGCAGACCAUUUGCAACUCGAGUCCAACCAAAUGUGACGCCAGGACUCGACUCGAGUCCACGGCUUACGCCUCAUACCUGACCGGACUCUUCCACUUCGAGACCGAACAAUGGCUUAAAGCCAAUGAAUACCUCAAGAAAUCACAGACUAUUUACGAGAAACUCUUUCACGCGAUUGCCGACGAAGAAGUGGCCGUUCAUUACAGACAACGAUGCGAUGAAAUCAAACCCACUCUUAGGUACUGUGCGUUCAAUAUUGGCGACCAAAACAUUGAGACUCAGGAUUUGACUAAAAUGCAAACCGAAGCCAAUGAAGUGGACGACCAGUUAUUGGCCAAUAAGUUAGAUCAAUUGAUUCUUCAAACUCGAGAGAAACAAUCGGCGACUUUGAGUGAAAUCCAAUGGUUGGGCAAAACGAUUGCCGUUAAACAGGAGAAGAUUCGGUCUUUCCUUCUGUUAAUGCAAGACUUGACACCGACUUCGAUGACAAGAGUGUCUCAAUUCGAGAAACUGAUAUUCGAGUGCAGAGAUUGUGUUCAACUCCUAAGAGAGACCAAUCAGGAGAAGACACUGUUAUAUAAUUAUUUGUCUUAUUUAAGACUAGAUCUAACAGUUGGACGUAAUUUACAAUUAAUUAAAACCCUUAAGAGUUCUUCAGAUAUGAUCCGUCCGUUUGAAACAAUAAUAGGAAGCCUAUCGGAGAUAAAGUCUUUGCCUUUAGAUCAAUAUUACUCUUCAAGUGAUUCUGUGGAUGAAUUUAAUCAACAAAUUGAGUCUAAAGUGACUGCUUUUAAGGCCUUCCGGUGCUAUCAUAUCGGAAAUGUUAACAAAAAUAGUUGGAAAGAGUCGGUCGCACUCCUGCACCGAUCGGCACAGUAUUGCGAAACUGCACUCAAAGACAAGAACACACCGAAAGAAAUGGUAUCUGAAUUGACGCAAUUGAAGGCCAAAGCGGAGUCCGAAAAGUUUACAAUUUAUGCCAACAAUCUAAUGAAAGAAGAUGUGUCUCAAACCAAAGUUAACACAAACAACAUUCCCCCGUUAAUCUCACGUUUGGACACAUACUAUGAAGACACGGAAUUAGUGGCCGGUUCCUCGACGUUGGCCCCAUUCCCGCCUCAAUUCCAAGCGAUUCCAUGCAAACCAUUAUUUUUUGAUUUGGCUCUCAAUCACAUCGCUUUCCCAUCAUUAGAGGCAGAAAAGGCUAAUCCAAAGAAUUCUGGAAUUACGGGAUUCGUGAAGGGAUGGCUCGGAGGAUGGCGUAAAUGAUGUCUUUUGACAACAUUUUAUAUGGAAUUUAUUGAUUUACUCGUUGACCACAUUUUGUCAAUAAUUACUUAUUAAUUAAUUGCAGAAUGUAUUGAAUUCAACAUCAAAUAAAUGAUUUUUAUAAACAUUUCGGAACAUUAGAAACAA